AUGACUUCUGACUCGAGCUGGGUGGAGGAGCUCACGGACCAAUUGUACUUAGAUGACCCGAGUAAACAUUCACAAGCUCCGGAAUCCCUUUGUCAGUUGGUGAGCCCAGUACCUUUGUACAAGUACGAGUUCGUGGAUCCUGCAGCAAGUGACUAUAGCGCUGUCCGGCGCUCGGAUCGGGAAACCAGCGUAGAACCGGGCAUCUGUUUGAUUGACGACGCCCAGGUGGCUGAAGCGGGUGUCGUUCAAGGCGUUCUUGACGACCAGAGGCCGUUCGUGGUAGAUAGUGUUCGUAUCAUCGAACUCGAGUUGGUAAUCUCGUUCCAACAGAAGAAUGUACUGAACCAUCCGAGAGCACUGCAAACGCUUGAUAAACCUGUGAACGCACAGGUUAAUGGACUGAAGAAGUCUAUUCUAUUCGAGCGUCCUCGACUCACUCAGUCGCAGCUCAGCCAGUCGCAAUCACAGGCGAAUUGCAAGCAUCCGUUGAUUCAAAGUCAGCUCAACCUCAUAAAUGACAGUAGAAUUCACGACAUGCUCUUCAUUGACCGUCGUCAGCAACUCCACGAACACCUCGACUUUUUGAUUAACAACGUUGACCUGAACUCCGUGGCGAAGACGAACAUUGCCUCCGUGCCGGUUACUGUGAUGAACCUGACGCUGCGCGACUGCAAUAUUUCGACGCUCAGCAGUAGCUUCAUGCGCGAAUUGGAUCCAAUACCUGGACUUGUCGUGGAAAGCAUCCACACCGAAUUGGAAUCGCUAUACAUCCAGGGCAACGAGAUCAAGGACUUCAACGUAACCAAAGAUCAGUUCGCGCAGAUUCAAGGGUUUACAGCGUUUAUCAGUACGAGUGGAUCCCCAUGGAGCUCUACAGGCAGCAAGUCCAUACCUAAGGACAUGGUUUCGGCCGACAGCGACAACGUGCUUUUGUGCCAAACACCCGAUGACAUGGACAGCGCGGUUGCGGCUGUCGAUUAA